AUGGAGCCGACAAACGAGACGGCCGACCCCGUGGCCAAGGGCGUGCUGGCGACGGCGCGGCAGUCGUGGAAGGACCUGUUCAUCUGGAAGCAGCGCAUCGUGGUGACCAACGCGUACGGCGAGACGACGGCCGAGUGGGCGCGGCCGGCGGCGCUGCGCAACCCCAUCAGCCUGCUGGCGCAGCUGUCGGGCCGCGACUGGCUCUUCUUCCUCGUCGGCUUCGCGGCCUGGACGGCCGACGCUUUUGAUUUUCACGCCCUGUCCAUCCAGCAGGUCAAGCUGGCCGCCUAUUACAACAUCAGCAAGACAGACGUGUCGACCGCCAUCACCCUGACCCUGCUGCUGCGCUCCAUCGGCGCAGCUGCGUUCGGCCUCGCCGGCGACCGCUGGGGCCGCAAGUGGCCCAUGGUCUUCAACAUGAUCAUCCUCGGCGUGCUGCAGGUCGCCACCAUCUACAGCAGCACCUUUCAGCAGUUCCUUGCCGUGCGCGCCUUGUUUGGUCUGUUCAUGGGCGGAGUCUACGGCAACGCCAUUGCCAUGGCGCUCGAGAACAGCCCCGUCGAUGCCCGCGGCCUAAUGUCGGGCAUCCUGCAGCAGGGCUACUCGUUCGGCUACGUCUGCGCGGCGUGCGCCAACCUCGGCGUGGGCGGCAGCGACGACAGCUGGAAGACCGUUUUCUGGAUCGCCGCCGGCCUGUCGGUUGGCGUAGGCAUCAUUCGCUGCUUCUUCCCCGAGUCGCAGCAGUUCAUCGAGGCCAAGAAGGCCGGCAAGGCCCAGGGCCACGCGUCUGAGUUCUGGCGCGAGACCCAGAUCAUGCUGCGCCAGGAGUGGAAGAUGUGCAUCUACUGUGUCAUCCUCAUGACUUGGUUCAACUACUACAGCCACACUUCCCAGGACAGCUACACGACCUUCAUGCUCACUGAGAAGGAGCUCGACAACUCGGGCGCCAGCCGCGCCAGCAUCCUCAUGAAGGUCGGGGCGUGCGUGGGCGGCACCAUAAUCGGCUAUCUGUCACAGUGGUUCGGCCGGCGGCGGUCGAUUGUCGUCGCGGCGCUCGUCAGCGGCUUCCUGAUCCCGGCGUGGAUCCUGCCGCAGGGCGAGCGGUCGCUGUCGGUGACGGGCUUCUUCAUGCAGUUCUUCGUGCAGGGCGCAUGGGGCGUCAUCCCCAUCCACCUCAACGAGCUGUCGCCGCCGGCGUUCCGCUCGUCGUUCCCGGGCCUCACGUACCAGCUGGGCAACAUGAUCUCGUCGCCCUCGGCCCAGAUCGUCAACGCCAUCUCUGAGAGCCACUUUGUCACCAGCGCGUCGGGCCACCGUGUCGAUGCUUACGGCUCUACUAUGGGCAUCGCCACCGCCAUCAUCGCCCUCGGCAUCGCCGUCACCACCGCCUUCGGUCCCGAGAAGCGCGGCCGCGAGUUUGAAAAGACGAAGCCCGCGGGCAUGAACCUCGUCCAGGAGGGCAAGCGGCUCGAUGACCUGGAAGCCGCCCCCGCGCCCUCUGCUGGCCGCCGCGGCAGCAGCGAGCAAAAUCAGUCGUCGGAAUCGAAACAGCGCCUAAUACAGCGGCCGGCCGCAGGGGCCUUAUGA